GAGCCGUGGCUGAGCGGCCCAAGCGUUGGGAUGUAACCGUAGAGGAAGUGGUAGAUUAGCUGCCGUGUGGAGUCAUGAUGGUGCUUCACCGGGGUCCGCGGCUCCUGGACUUCACGAAGACGCCGCCGCACCUGCAGUUCAACAAGUACGUCCUGACGGGAUACCGGCCCGUUUCCACCACACCAGACUGCCUCAGGAGCCUCUUCUACAUUCACAACGAGCUGGGAAACAUCUAUAGUCAUGGAAUCCCCUUCAUCCUGUUCCUGGUGCUGCUGCCGUACAGUAUCCCCUGGAUGGAGGUGGACAGCACCUGGAUCUGUGUCGCCCACUACCUGGCCUGCCUCUGCCCCACCAUUGGCUCAGUGCUCUACCAUUUGUUCAUGAACCACAUCGGCGGUGAGCAUGUGUAUGACACUCUGCUCUCCCUGGACAUGAUUGGGGUCUGCCUCGUUAACACUCUGGGAGCUCUUCCCAUCAUUUACAUCACCCUCCUGUGCUACCCGGCCGUCCAGCAGGCCGCCAUGUUGGCCUACAUCCUCCUGUCGGCCUACGGGAUCUACUGUGCCACCACGGCCCACACAAACUUCCUGCGCCUGCGGGCAUUCGUCUGGCAGGUCUUGUUCCGCGUCAGCCUCUUCCUGUUCCGGGUUUACGGCAACGGCGUGGGCAGCCCCGACUCGCUGCGGCUCUUCGUCAUCAUGGACUCCCUGGCCCUGCUGGGCGGGCUGGUCAACGUGAUCCAGAUCCCCGAGCGUUUCAGCCCCGGCCUGUUCGACAACUGGGGGAACAGCCACCAGAUCAUGCACGUCAUGGUGGUCUGCUCCAUCGUCUACCUGCACUGGGGAACCAUGGAGGACUUGGCCUGGAUUAAGACCUUCCAGUGUCCCGCUGGGUGAAGCUCUGAUCCGGGAUGCUUUAGGAUAUUUUCACACCUGAUGGUCCGGUUGAUUCGGUCAGAUUAGGGACAAAAAUUGCACCAUUUGUUACACUUUCAGCUGCUGCGGUUUGCUUUCUACGGAAGCCAAGAGUGGAUUUUUUCCAUAUAUACUUUUCCCAGUGGUUUUCUCAAGAUAACUACCGUAUUUUUCGGAUACAAGCCACUACUUCCCCCCACGCUUUAAACCAUGCGGCUUUUCUGAGGAUUUUUCUUCAACCACCAGGGGGCUCUAUAGCAAGAAGUGAAUCAUUGGAAGUCAAAAUGGGAAAUCAAAGAAAGUGCUAAUUUUCAUUUAGAACAAGCACAUGCUAGCAGCAGGCACAACGGAGAGAUGCGUUCAAACUCAUACCCCCUCAUCAAGGAAACCACACGAAGAAGUUCAUAUGAAAAAGCUUUUAAGUUAAAGGCUCUCGAUCUGCUGGUACAGGAGCGAAAUAGAGCCGCUGCCCGUAUUAAGCUCGGCGUGAAUGAAUCCAUGGUUCGGCGUUGGAGACGCAGGGCUGCGUCCUUAAUAGCAGAUUUAUUAGGGACGCAGCCCUUUGCGACAGUUAACUGAGAGCGACGGAGAUACCAGCUGUGGUGCGGCUUAUAGUGAGGUUAGUUCAUUUCUCCUUUGUUUUCUGGAGAAAACCAGCUGAUUUUUCCUUUGGUUUUCUGGAGAGGAGUAAUUUUUUUGACAUAGUUAUUUAAUUUCCAAAUAGUUUUCUCAAGAUAACGAGCUAAACAUUGUUUUCAAACUUGUUCAUGCCACAGUGGCAUGAAGAAUGAAAUCAGGUUGAACAAACAUCAUUUUGUGAUCUCAAGAAAACAAACUUUUCUCCAGAUUAACUCGUUAUUUGGAGAAAAACAUCUCAAAACGUACAUACAGAAAAUAUCUGCUCUUGGCUUCCGUUGCUUUCACACUGAGCCACGUCAGACAAACCAAACCAUUUGAAGAACCUGUUCCCCUCCUCGCCUGUGGUGGCGCUGCACCGAAAAACAGAAGUUUUUAAAUGCCAGAGAAGAAGAGGAACCAACCACACUGUUACUGAACUCUGAUAUCGCUGUGUCAGAUGAAAAUCCUGAGUUACUUGAAUCAUAGUUUACUGAUUUCCAGCAGUUUCUGGGUCUUGACCCAUAAUAACAAAAGAGUCUGUAAAG